AUGGACAUUGAUCGUGCCCAUCGGGCGAAAAAAUCACUUAGUGUGAAUGGGAUCUUGGUUAUGGGCACUACCCUAGAUUCAUUUAUGGAGAGACCAUAUGAUGGCAGUCCUCACUUUCAGAUAUGGUCCGGUCAUACACAGCUUUCUAUUUCAUUUCAAGGGAUAUAUACAGAGUCUAAGAAGAAUGGGGGUGAAAGAGUGAUGUGUUUGUUGGGGAGCACAAUGUUGCCUUCUCGAGAGUCUGAUUCGAGCAAUCCAUGGGAAUGGGCAAAAGGUGGUUCUAAUUAUAACCAGCCACCUCUUCUGCAAGAUGAUCAGAUUCUGCUUGUUCUUCGUUAUCCAAUGAGCUUUACAUUGACAAGUAGAGUGAUCCAGGGGGAGAUGAAGAGUUUAAACUCCAAGUCAAAUCUUAAGUACUUUGAUGAAGUUCGCAUUUUGUCUCAGCUGGGGCAGUCAGUGAAAUACGAGUUUGGCUCUGAAAGGUUUGUUUCCAAAUCAUGUGCUCCAUACCCGUAUAAUGAUAGCUUGGUGAAUGGUGGCUUUGAUAUCUAUAAAGGAUCUAGAUUUUGUGAAAUUCUGGGGAUAAUUACUGGAGAAGGAGCUGGGCCUUUCACCAUUGUGCCAAAUUGGAGAUGCAAUGGUACAGAUGAUUAUUGCCGUAAAUUGGGUCCGUUUGUUUCAGACAAGGAGAUAAAGGCCACGGAUGGGGGCUUUAAAGGUGUCAAGCUUCUUAUGCAGAAUGUUAAAUGUGAGCAAAAAGCUGCCCGAGGAAAUGCAAGUUCUGCAAGAGUCGCUGCUGGCUUUCGAGCCAUUUCUCCACUAGAGAAUCAGUAUGCUGCAGCAAUGAGAUCUGGGCUGAGCAACAUGACUGUUGUGGCUGAGGGAAUCUGGAAAUCUUCAACUGGGCAGCUUUGCAUGGUUGGUUGCCUUGGAUUAGUUGACUUGGAAGGAAGUACCUGCAAUUCACGAAUCUGUUUGUACAUUCCCUUGUCAUUUUCCAUAAAGCAACGGAGCAUAAUUUCUGGGAGUUUCUCCAGCACCAGUGGAAUUGAUGACUCAUACUUCCCUUUAUCAUUCGAAAAACUGGUGCACCCAACAGAGUUGUGGAAUUAUUUUAGGAAUUCCUGUCCAUAUUACAGUUACUCAAAAAUAGAACAAGCUGGUGUUAUCCUGGAAAAAAACGAGCCCUUCAGUUUUCAGACUAUAGUGAAAAAAUCACUGCUGCAGUUCCCGAAAGUAGAGGACACAGAGACAUUAAUAAUCGGCCUUUCUCUUCUUGCAGAGGACCUGACCCUCCAUCGCUCCGCUUUUCCUGAUUCACUCCCUCAUUCGCAGCCAAAAAUACCAACUGAUUUUCAGAUUGAGGUUCUCUCACUUGGCCCCAUGUUUGGGCGAUUCUGGAAUGUGUCAUACGCAGAUGAGGAAAUUCUUCUCCAUAAUGAGGCUCAAUAUACUGAAAAACAACUUCUUAUGAAUGUAUCAGCUCAAAUUACACUUGAUGGAGAAGCUUAUAGCAAUGUUUCUGUGCUUUUUCUGGAAGGCCUUUAUGAUCCUCUUGCUGGGAAGAUGUAUCUAGUUGGUUGCAGGGAUGUCCGGGCCUCGUGGAAUAUCUUAUUUGAAAGCAUGGAUCUAGAGGCAGGUUUGGAUUGUUUAAUUGAAGUAAUUGUGUCUUAUCCACCUACCACAACUCGGUGGUUAGUCAAUCCAACAGCUAGGAUUUCCAUUUCCAGCCAACGGAAUGCAGAUGAUCCCCUCUAUUUUAGCACGGUUAAGCUCCAAACUCUUCCUGUUAUGUAUAGGAGGCAGAGGGAAGACAUUCUAUCUCAAAGGGGGUUGAAGGGAUCCUCCGGAUUUUGA